UACUCAGAGUUGAUUGAGCUGACUGUGAUCAACUGUUCUGUAACCGAAAACUCAGAGUUUCUCAGCUCAGGCUCAGUCAACCCGGAGACCGGGAUUAGGCUCUGAGUUUGUUGAGCCUGCUUCCUGAAAUAGGGGCCACAGAGCCACACCUCUUUACGGGAAUGUUGCCGAGCGUUCUGCUGCCUCACUUCCUCGUGUUUUCAGUGUGAGAUCAAAUUACUUCCGAUUUGUAGCUUGUCUUUUCUCAGGUGUCAACAUGUUCGCUCGCAGCUUCUUUUCCCUGCUGCUUCUGUUUCUGAUAUUUUCAAGAGCAGAUGCUCUUUUUGGCUAUGGUUUGCUACGCUGCCAGUUUACUUCCCCUGAUGAUGUGUUAUACAUGGAGCAAAUCUUCUUCAACAAGGUGCUUCUGAUAGAUUACAACAGCACUGUGGGAAAAUACGUCGGCUACACAGAGAAAACAAGAGACCUUGCAGAUGGCCUCAACAAAAGCCCUUCUUUUAUGAAACAAGUAAAGAAGAAUGAAGACAAAUGCAAAAGCCAUGUCUCAUUGGCACUGGACUUCCUUUCAAAACCAGUCGAGCCCUACGUCACCGUGAAGUCAGUUGACGCAGCAAGCAGCAGACAUCCAGGCAUGCUCAUCUGCAGUGUGUAUGACUUUUAUCCCAAACAAAUCAGAGUGACUUGGCUGAGGAACGGAAAGGAGGUGACGUCUGAUGUGACGUCCACUGAGAAACUGUCCAAUGGGAACUGGCUCCACCAGAUCCACUCCUAUCUGGAGUUUACACCCAAACCUGGGGAGCAAAUAACCUGCAAGGUGGAGCACAGCAGCCUUACCGAGCCCAAGCUUUAUGACUGGGACCCGACACCUCAUUCACAGAAUAACAAGAUUGCUAUCGGGACGGCAGGUCUGGUGCUGGGUCUGGUGUUUUUGGUUGCUGGGCUGAUUUACUACAAGAAGAACAGUGCAGGCCGAAUGUUGGUGCCAACAGGUUAAGGCAGCCCGCCACUUUGGCUGAAACAUUUGUAAUACAAGCCAAAAUUCGAAACGAUGCGACUGUGAAAUCAUCUCAAAUGUCAGAGGAUCGAAGCAAUAAGUAGUUGUUGUUUUAUUUUUUAUAUGGAGCAACACAGUUCUCAAUGGGCAAAAUAGCUGCACUCACUUCUUGAGGAGGUUUAAAAUAAGCUUUUACUGAAGUCUGAGGAUAAUACUUUCAAAGUCACUAAUCAAAGCCUACAUUUCCUUUGUCCUGUGCACAUUAUGAUAAUUUAAGUGAGCUUAUUUUCCAUGAAAUGGUUUGACAAAUCCCUGAAAUGUUCAGAUAAUCAAAGAUAGGAAUGGUUGUUUGAUUUUGAAAAGAAGGCAAGAUGAACUAUUUAUAGUAAUAGUAAUAUAGUAAUAUAGUAUUUACUUUGAUUUCUCCAGAACUAUAUAUUGUAAUAAGUGUAAUUGUCGGUAAUUUGUAAAUUUUGUUUUGGACAAUGAAGAAUGAAGACUUAAAUGUGAAUGUUGCUUUAACAUUUUUGGACUUUUUUUAUUCAUUGAAAAUGUGUACACAGCACUACGGUUCAGGCUUAUACAAAUGGGCUGGGCAAUAAUCACAUGAUCUGAUAUACUGGAUAUAUGUUACUCAUAUACAUAGAAAUAAUGCACUUAAAACUUUUUAUUUUCACAUUGUUAUGUCUGUUUUUCUCCAGCCUAUAAACAUUGAGAUUGUAUUUAAUACAGAAUAUAUGUUAUCCAAAAUAAAGCAUACCUGUCAAAACCUGAA